AAAACAGAACAACCCGCAGGAACCGAGGGAAGAAAGAAAUCCUGUCAUUGUUUUGUUUACCGUGGAAAAGUAACGACUAACAACCUGCUUAAGCUUUCAUGGCGAAAGCAUUCACUUACAGUCGCUUGCCAGAGCAUCAAGUAGCGAUUUACUACGACGGAGGAGAAAGAACAGGCGAUGGAUCCCGACAGACAGAGUGGAGUAUCUUGGAAUGUUUCAUCUCGUUAUCUUCUGCUCUUCUACUUCUUUUGACUUUUCCGAUUUCUGUAUUUUUCUGUUUGAAGGUAAUUAGGGACUAUGAAAGGGCUGUUGUCUUCAGACUUGGGAAACUGUUACCCCAAAAAGGACCAGUUAUUUAUCAUUAUUCAUUUAUCUACUGGGAAAUCAUAGACAGGCUGAUUCACACCAGUGAUGGUGGCUAUGCAUCGGUUGGAGCUGAGGUACAGUUCAGCAUCAAGGAUGCAGUUUUAUCCAGAACAUCCGUUCAGGACUUAAACCACUCCUUGCGCAUGCUGGCUCAAACAGCACUUGUUAAUUGUUUGGGUUCAAGGAAGCUCAUUGAAGUUCAGCAUGACAGAAAGUUCAUCAACAAACAAGUUCAGGAAGUGGUCAAUGGAUCUGCAGCAGCUUGGGGUGUAAAUAUAACAAGAUUUGAGAUGUCGGAGGUCAGUGUCUUAAAGGAAGCAGAUGAGGUUGUUGGUGCACUGUCAGCGCUAUUUGGUGGAGGAUCCCAGAGUAUGAACCUUGGUAACAUGACCUUUGGUGACCCUGGAAUGGCCAGUAUGUUUUCAGGUGNUUGGUGGGUGUGGACUGAACAGGAAGUGGUCAAUGGAUCUGCAGCAGCUUGGGGUGUAAAUAUAACAAGAUUUGAGAUGUCGGAGGUCAGUGUUUUAAAGGAAGCAGAUGAGGUUGUUGGUGCACUGUCAGCACUAUUUGGUGGAGGAUCCCAGAGUAUGAACCUUGGUAACAUGACCUUUGGUGACCCUGGAAUGGCCAGUAUGUUUUCAGCCUUUGGAGGAAGCAGUACCAGCAGGGGAUUCACACUGCCUACCUCCAUAGCCUCAUCAGAUGGCCCCUCACAGUCUUCUAACAAAGAGCCUGGGUCCAAUCUUCUUACUCCAGAGCAGCUUGUCAAGUUGGUGAGUGGUGGUCUAAGUGAGAAACUUGUACAGGAAAUUGGUGGCAUGUUUCAGUUCAACAUUCUUGGUGAAAGUGGAGGAACAUGGUACCUAGAUCUGAGAAGUGGAUAUGGAAAAAUAUAUACUGAGAAUCCAGGCGAUAACCCCAAUGUGGUACUCACCAUGGGGGUUCAGGAUAUGCAGCAGAUAUUUUAUGGACAGACAACAGCUUUCGAUGCUUACAUGCAAGGCUCAUUGAAAGUUGAUGGCGAUUUAAGGAUGGCCAUGAACCUAGAGGCCAUUGUAAAAAUGCUCAAGGAGAAACCAGCUGUUUCCAAAAAACCAGUUUUGCAAGGAAAUGGAGUAUAUGUGGUUUAAAUGCUUGAUUUUUAUCUACUGAAAAUUUCCCAGUGCAUUUUAAAACCUUUCUGUUUAUAGCUUCUCAUUGCUUGGAAAGAGUUCAUGUUGCCCGACUACAGCAUGUAUAUUUGUUCUCAGUAGUUGCAAUUGGAAACCACUGACCAAUCAUUGCUGACCUAAUAGCUCUUUUCCAGUCUCUGAAAUUUAAGGAUAGGCAACUCACUUGUGUCAGAUCAUAAUUGAAUAGAAUUUUUCUUUGUCAAUUUA